AUGGCCGACUCACAACCCCUCCGCGUCGGCUUCGUACCGGAGCACUUCUCCACCCCGAUUCACUUUGCCGAGAAGCACUUCGGGCUGUCCGCCAAGCUGGUCCCGUUCCCUUCUGGUACCGGACACAUGAUCACAGCUAUCCGAUCUGGCGAGAUCGACGUCGGCAUUGGACUGACCGAAGCCUGGGUGGCGGGUCUCGGCAAGGAGGAUGUCACAGACGAUGGCGGGUAUCGCAUUGUUGGGACCUACGUCGAGACACCACUAUGCUGGGCGAUCUCAACUGGCGCCAAGCGUCCCGAGAUCACAUCGAUAUUCUCGCUCAAGGGCUCAAAGAUCGGCAUCUCGCGCCUGGGCUCGGGCAGUCAAGUAAUGGGCUACGUGCUAGCGGACGAGCAGGGCUGGCUCUCCUCAUCGUCCAGCAGCCCACCUUCACCUCCCUACUCAGACUUCAAGAUCCUGCACAACUUCGCCAACCUGCGCCAGGCCGUCAACGACGGCACGGCCGACUUCUUCAUGUGGGAGCACUUCACAUCCAAGCGGUACUACGACUCGGGCGAGAUCCGCCGCGUCGGCGAGAUCUACACGCCCUGGCCCAGCUGGAAGAUCGUAGCCUCGACCAAGCUCCUGAGAGGUGAUGGGGACAGCAAGCAGCCCGCUGACCCCAGAAUCAUGGACUUGUUUGCGAAGCUAGAUCAGGGCGCCAAGUACUUCGACGAGCAUCACGAUGAGGCGGUGCAGUAUAUCAGCACGGCGCUCGAUUAUUCGGAAGAGGACGCGCGCGAGUGGCUGAAAACUGUGCGGUUUGCAGGUAAGACAAAGGGAGUGGACUUGAAGGUCGUCCACAGCGUUAUGGGCAUUCUGCGCAAGGCGGGCGUGCUGGUCGAGGGCAAGGGGAUGCAGGCGGAGGACAUGCUGGUUCCGGGGUUAGGGGCGCAGUUCCCGGAGUGA